AGGCUGAGGGAUUUUAUCUACAUGUCUCUGAACUUCACUAUACUUUGCCUCCUAAAAAAUACCCAAUUCCUAAUAAUUAUUUUAUAAAAACUACUUGGAGACGUGGUAAAAAUCAGAAAACGGUCCAAUGUAAGAUCAAUUAUAUAAAUAGAAAGCCAGAAUUUCAAAUUUUAUAUGGUGCUUCUUUUGAAUUUAAAAUUAAAUCAAAUGUUUUAGCUAGCAGAGCUGCAACAAAUUAUAAAAAAGCUAUAAAUAAUAAUUUAAAUAAAAAAUUUGGUUUAUCUAGGCCUUUAUUAUUCAGAUUACAGCUUCAAAAACUCCAAAUAAUUAGAGAAUUUCAAGCCAAGCAAUAUAGAAUUAAACCUAUAGAUCAAUAUACUCGAACAACUCUUUGGAGAU